AUGGAUGAGCCGCACGUCACAUCGACUGGUGUCAGCUUCAUCGUCUUCGACGAUCCAGGUGAGGCGUCCUUUGGCCCAAACCGUCUCCACGCCCCAAGCGACUAUUUGCGCAUUUGUGUCGACGCCUUUGAAAAGCUAAUCGACGUGCCAUUUCUGCGCUUCAAUCAAAUCUAUGAUACAAAAGCGGACUGUCUCGAAUCGUUGGCAAUUAUCGAACGGCUCAUCCAUUAUAUUGUCAAGAAUCCGUCAUCGGGCCACCAGAAGAGGAUUGUCUCCUUUCGAACAUUCACCCGUAGUUUAGACGCGCGGCCACAGGAGGAUCGUGCCGACUAUCAACUAGAAAUGGAUGUGAUGUUGAACAGGCUAAUCGAUACCUUCGAUCAAUCUCCACCAUCACACCCUCUUCAGCUAUACGUCGAUGAGGGGCAUACCGUAGACGUGCCCAAGCGCGGAUGGGAAGCUGCCAAAGAAACGGGAAUCCACAUCAUUAUUGUACAAAACUACUCAAUCGAACGCUCUGAACAGCUCCUCCAUAGGGUACCUCAAAUGAUUCGUGUUGAACUCGCCGAUUCGAUUACGCUCACC